AAAGUUUUUUUUUUUUUUCUUUUCACCUCUCAAACUUAUAAUCCAAUGCCUAUUCGCCAUUUUGAAAGUAUGUCUAUAGAACAGUGAUCAUGCCAUUCUUUAUUUAGCAAGCAACAGAAGAUGACUAUUUUGUCAUAGGAAGACCUUUUUUUUUUGUUUGUUCACGAAGUAAUCUUGUCAUUUUAUUUUUAUUAUGCUUAUAGUAUUCACAGGGGAAAGACGACUAAUCGAAACAGUAGCAGUAUCACAGCUCAAAGGAACUAGAUUGGGUAUUGAUGGUAAUUACUGGUUACGAAAGGUAUUAAUCAAGGAACCAAGUUUAUCUGCUAUGGGUGGUACACCUUUGACUCUACAACAUACCAUUGAAAAAGAAUUAGAACACUUCAAAACAAAUCAUAUUCAACCCAUCUUUGUUUUUCCUGGUCUAUCCAUUAUUCGAAAGUCCAAACCUUUCAGUGGUGAAGAUACUCGUCCUGGUCAUCGUGCUGUAGCUUGGGAAUUCUAUGAAAAAGGAAAAAACGAUGCAGCCUUGUCAAAAUUCGCUAGUGGUGGUGGCUUUCAUCUUCCUGACGUGCUCAACUUGGUGUUUUAUAUUCUACGACAGCACAAUAUUGAAUUCAUUCGUGCUCCUUAUUCAUCAUGGGCUCAGCUUGCUUAUAUGCAUAAUCAUCCCCGUCAAAUCAUCAAUGCAAUUUAUGGUGGUGAUGAAGUACUGAUGUGGAACGUUGACAAAAUCAUUACAUCAAUUGAUUUUACAAAAGGAAAUUAUCAAACAGUCAACAAAAAAACGGUAUUGAACGAUUUGCAUGUAUCUGAAGAACAGUUUUUGGACAUUUGUAUACUCGCGGGAUUCGAAUAUUGCCCUACUUUCCCACCUUUGUCAGUUAUUUCAUUCACAUUCAAAGGUGUACAAGAUUUGAUCAAACAGCAUAAGACUGGAUUUAAUGCUGUUCAAGCUUAUUCUGAUGAUCCCAAUGUAGUGAAAACUGGUUAUAUUGAUACUUUUUGUCGUACACGAUGUGCUGUCAAAUAUCAUUUGAUCCUUACUGAUGAAGGCGAAGUCAGACCUCUAAAUGUCGAACAAGCUCCAAAUGAUAUUCACGAAUUUAUCGGUUAUCGACUUCCAGAUGAACUAUAUUAUUAUUUGAUGCGUGGUUUGAUUGGUCCUCAGGUAAGUCAAUUUUUUUUUAAAAGAAGAAAAGAAAAAGAAAAAGAAAAAGAAUAAAAAUACAGAAAAAUCAAUUCUAUUUUUAUAUUUAUCAUAAUAGGUCAUCAACAACUUGGUUUCUGGGGUUUUGAUUGAAAAUGCGCCUUUGGACAAUGGAGAAACGACAGAAUAUCGCAACUUU